UAACUCAUAUUUCUAUGUGAAUGUGUUCGAUUCUCCCAAAAAGUUACAUAUUGUAGCAAGGGCCAGGUCGCAUCACCAGCCAGAGGGCGCUCAGUUUCAGAUGAUUUUAUUUUGGAGAGGAAGUUAAUAGUAGGUGGUUUGAGAGGAAUCGGAGAAACAUAAGCCGUUUAUAAUCGCAAUGGAAACACAUGAUGUUGUUUAAUUCACUUGCAUUUGACUUGCGGAGUGCACAGUUUGGCUACUUUGAAUCGCGGUCGUAUAAGCGAGCUGCUGAAAGCGAUGGUUAAAGUUUGAGACCGAUCGAAUCAAAAUCAAGACGAUGAGACAAAAAAGAGACGAUCGUUGAAGAGGAUUAAAAGCGCCCGGAAACCUUUAUUUAUCUCUUCUUUGGUCAGAUUCUGCUCACUUAAUUCAUUAUUGGUGACCAGUUCCCUGGUGUUUUGUUUUUCAAAAUGUACAAGAUGUAAAUCCACAGCCAUGUGGUUUAUUUUCUUUCCAUAGCUCAUAUUUCUCUAAGGAGGCUAAUUUUAGUAAAGAAAAAAAGGGUUGGAUUUCAUCCCUCUGCUUCCUACAACAGACAUCUGUUACCAGUUGAAGUAUCAUUCCCUCUGAAAAUAGCAGCAAACAGGAAAUUGCUCACACACUGAAGUCUCUUCAGGUUCCCGUGUGAGGUCAUAAAGAUGGGACACGGCGGUGUGGGGAGCAAAGCUGGCGCUGGCGGCUGACAGGCCCCUCCAGUGGCCAAUCAGGAUGCAUGUUUCCUCAAUGGGUGUCAGCAAGCUCUGCUUCCUGUUCUCCCUGGCUCUCUGUGCCCUGUUGCUCCUCAUCCCCACCCUCCAGCCCUCACAGCAUCAGGGGGACCGGCCCCGGCCCCGGGCCCACAACAAGCCUGCCCGGCACCCUGGACGUCUGGUGGUUCCUCUCCAGACAGAUAUGGGGAAAGUGACAGUGGGGCGUAAUGGGAUUGAUGGUGACUCUAUGGGGCAGAGUACACCAAGAGAGACCAAGAGGACUGUGGAUGGGGACUGGGUGUAUACAGCUCGUCAAACUGACACCCAGGGCGCUGGGAAGCAUAUAGACUCUCAGACAGGGUCAGAGGGGGACUUCCUCCACAGAACUGGGGGUGUGACGGGGGCUGGAGGGUCUCGGCGCAGGAACCCUCUGGAGCUGAAAGACAUUUUCAUAGCGGUGAAGACCACCAGGAAGUACCACAAGUCCAGAUUGGAUCUGCUGUUCCAGACCUGGGUGUCCAAAGCCAAAGAACAGACCUUUAUAUUCACAGAUGGGGAGGAUCAGGAGCUGAGGAGGAGAGCAGGGGCUAACGUCAUCAACACCAACUGUUCAGCAGCACACACGCGACAGGCCCUGUGCUGUAAGAUGUCUGUGGAAUACGACAAGUUCAUCGAGUCACAGAGGAAGUGGUUCUGCCAUAUGGAUGAUGACAACUAUGUGAUUGUACCCAGUCUGCUGAAGCUGCUGUCCUCCUACCACCACACGCAGGAUGUUUAUCUGGGCCGGCCCAGCCUUGACCACCCCAUAGAGGCCGCAGAGAGGGUCAAGAGUGACGGAUCUGUGUCAGUGAAGUUCUGGUUUGCUACAGGAGGAGCAGGGUUCUGUAUCAGUCGUGGUCUGGCCCUCAAGAUGAGUCCAUGGGCUAGUCUGGGCAACUUCAUCAGCACGGCGGAGAAGAUCCGUCUCCCCGACGACUGCACCAUGGGUUACAUCAUUGAGGCGCUGCUGGAGGUGACACUGACACACACCCACCUCUUCCACUCCCACCUGGAGAACCUGCAGAGGCUUCCCACAGACACCGUGCUGGAGCAGGUCACUUUGAGCUACGGGGGAUUUGAGAACAGGAGGAAUGUGAUCAGCAUUGGAGGAGUCUUCUCUCUGGUGGAGGACCCGUCACGGUUUAAGACUGUCCACUGCCUCCUCUACCCAGAGACUGACUGGUGUCCUAGUAUGGGUCACCAUUGAUGACCACUACAGUACAUCAUAUCUACAAUACUUCCUACCGGCCUGGUUGACUGGUGUCCUAGUAUGGGUCACCAUUGAUGACCACUACAGUACAGCAUAUCUACAAUACUUCCUACCGGCCUGGUUGACUGGUGUCCCUGUGUAUGCUAGCUAUAUCAUUGCCAUGGCAAAAUUAUUACAAGGCCAAACAGGUUCACUGGCAGCCAGGCUAACCCUACAGAACCACUUCACUCAGAUCAAAUGGCUAGACAUCUGUGGGUCUUUGAGAGGACAUGAGGCGAGAGAAGAUGAGGUAACUGGAGUGAGGAUUGCUUUGGUCAUGGUGGGAUGAUGAAGAAACACCCCACUACUCUUUAUUAUCACUAGUGUACCCUCCAGUCAACGCAGGAAGUUGCCACUGUUGGCUGUUGCCAUAUCGAUGAUUCACCACUCAUUGCUUUUGUUGUAGCUUUGAAUCCCAAACAUACGAUUGUGGUCCAGAUAUACAGUGGGGAAAAAAUAAAGUAUUUAGUCAGCCACCAAUUGUGCAAGUUCUCCCACUUAAAAAAGGUACACUUCAUCUAUGACAUCUAUGAAAAAGGUACACUUCAACUAUGACAGACAAAAUGAGAGAAGAAAAAUCCAGAAAAUCACAUUGUAGGAUUUUUAAUUUAUUUAUUUGCAAAUUAUGGUGGAAAAUAAGUAUUUGGUCACCUACAAACAAGCAAGAUUUCUGGCUCUCACAGACCUGUAACUUCUUUAAUAAGAAGCUCCUCUGUCCUCCACUCAUUACCUGUAUUAAUGGCACCUGUUUGAACUUGUUAUCAGUAUAAAAUACACCUGUCCACAACCUCAAACAAUCACACUCCAAACUCCACUAUGGCCAAGACCAAAGAGCUGUCAAAGGACACCAGAAACAAAAUUGUAGACCUGCACCAGGCUGGGAAGACUGAAUCUGCAAUAGGUAAGCAGCUUGGUUUGAAGAAAUCAACUGUGGGAGCAAUUAUUAGGAAAUGGAAGACAUACAAGACCACUGAUAAUCUCCCUCGAUCUGGGGCUCCACGCAAGAUCUCACCCCGUGGGGUCAAAAUGAUCACAAGAACGGUGAGCAGAAAUCCCAGAACCACACGGGGGGACCUAGUGAAUGACCUGCAGAGAGCUGGGACCAAAGUAACAAAGCCUACCAUCAGUAACACACUACGCCGCCAGGGACUCAAAUCCUGCAGUGCCAGACGUGUCCCCCUGCUUAAGCCAGUACAUGUCCAGGCCCGUCUGAAGUUUGCUAGAGAGCAUUUGGAUGAUCCAGAAGAAGAUUGGGAGAAUGUCAUAUGGUCUAAAAUAUAACUUUUUGGUAAAAACUCAACUCGUCAUGUUUGGAGGACAAAGAAUGCUGAGUUGCCUCCAAAGAACACCAUACCUACUGUGAAGCAUGGGGGGUGGAAACAUCAUGCUUUGGGGCUGUUUUUCUGCAAAGGGACCAGGACGACUGAUCCGUGUAAAGGAAAGAAUGAAUGGGGCCAUGUAGUGAGAUUUUGAGUAAAAACCUCCUUCCAUCAGCAAGGGCAUUGAAGAUGAAACGUGGCUGGGUCUUUCAGCAUGACAAUGAUCCCAAACACACCACCCGGGCAACGAAGGAGUGGCUUCGUAAGAAGCAUUUCAAGGUCCUGGAGUGGCCUAGCCAGUCUCCAGAUCUCAACCCCAUAGAAAAUCUUUGGCGGGAGUUGAAAGUCUGUGUUGCCCAGCAACAGCCCCAAAACAUCACUGCUCUAGAGGAGAUCUGCAAGGAGGAAUGGGCCAAAAUACCAGCAACAGUGUGUGAAAACCUUGUGAAAACGUUUGACCUCUGUCAUUGCCAACAAAGGGUAUAUAACAAAGUAUUGAGAUAAACUUUUGUUAUUGACCAAAUACUUAUUUUCCACCAUAAUUUGCAAAUAAAUUCAUUAAAAAUCCUACAAUGUGAUUUUCUGGAUUUUUUUUCUCAUUUUGUCUGUCAUAGUUGAAGUGUACCUAUGAUGAAAAUUACAGGCCUCUCAUCUUUGUAAGUGGGAGAACUUGCAGAAUUGGUGGCUGACUAAAUACUUUUUUGCCCCACUGUAUCUUUGAAGAAGUAUUAAUGUAUUUAGAUGACUGUUGAAAAGGUACCUUAAGAUGCUGAACAUGGUGAAAUGUAAAUGUAUUUGCUUUUACGUCCCAAAAAUGUACUGGACUGGUGUUUUAUUAUGAGGGCUGAUGACCAGAAAUCAUCAGAGGUGAAUAUCUGAUAUCAGUGUUACAUUAAGUAAUGCCUGAGAGCCGUUUGUGAUUGUUUAACGGAGUCAAGAACGUAGCGUAAGCUCACUCCACAGCUUGCUUGAAAUGAUCCUUUUGUAUAGGUCAAACGUGUGUUUGCGAGCAGAGGAUCACUAGUCGCCUGGUAUGGGGACAGGGACAGUGGAGGAAGCCAUACUGUUAGCAGCAUAUUGAGGUUCACUUUAGACAACCCUUGAUGUGCCCCUCAUGUCCUGAAGUUAAUUUCUUACCAGAAGAGGUUUCAAACUGGUGUCUGUACAUGUGUGUGUGCAACCUAACUACUCAGUCAGAAUGAUUUUAACGUCUUAUAGCCAAAGAUGAUGCCAGUGCCUUAUGUUUCAGUCAACUAGACUUUGGAAAUGCACAUGACAAAUGUUUUAAAGGAAUGAAACUGUGAUCAUACUGUAUGAAUAAAACACACACACACACACACACACAGCCCUGCAGUAACCAAAACAGACUCUGAACAUGAGCACACUAUCUUAAAGAUCAUUCAUGAGGUAUUUGUUGUUGCCUCUAAGUGUUUCCCACAAUGCAUGUUACAAGUUAUUUCUCUGUCAAAAAGACGUUUUGCACUCUUCUCAAUUCCUGUGUAUAAUAUUUGUGUAUUAAAAGUUACGGUAGUGUUGUAAUGUGUGAGCUUGAGCUGGAAGUACAUGUAUUUUCCUGAUGGCUCACGCUCUCCCUUUUUGCACAAAAACACUAGAAUCCAAAACCAGAAUCUCUUUCCCCGCUGCAGGUCAGUGUCAGAGAGGGAGAUAGGAGUCUGACUCCAGUCAGGAUGUGAUUUUUUUCCUCAUCUUCUGUCCUCCUUUUUACCGUUGAUGUAUUAUUUUGUGUUGAAUAAAGCACGUUUUGCAGCAUUACAAAACAA